UAUGCGUAAUUGUAUGCCAUGCGUAAUGGUGCUAGAGGGUCAUGUUACAAAUACAUCGUUAUUUACCUGAAUUUAAUGACAAUGAAUCAUUGUGUUGUCAACAUUAUACAAUUGAGUCCUUUCCGACACAACAAAACAACCUCCUAACUAUUUUUGGUUAGGUCGCCAUUUUGGACACUUGAGACACCCAGCGAGCACACUGAUUGGUCGAUUACAUGCGGAGUCCUCAUACCUGGACACCCAUCCCGUGCUAAACGGCAAUAUUUCCACAGCAUGCGCUUGAUUAGGAUACUCAGUGAGAAAGGACCCCUUCUUAGACCACUCUUCAAGAGCCGCGCUCUUAUAAUGACAGCCCCAGAAAAACUCGUUGAUUUCUAGCGAGGGUGGUGCUAUUACGCACCAAACGAGUGUCCUAUCCAAUUAUCUGUAAACCCGGCUUGUGUUAUAAUUGAAUCCUUAUUCCCCAACCGGUUGUUAUGGAUGGAGGUCGAGAGAGGGGUUAGUUAGUGCCUGUUGCUCUUUCCUGGUGCAGCAUGUUGCACGGGGGGUCUCUCGCUUUAUCAGUCCUCAGGAUGGGCAAAUUGGAGGGAUUGAGGACGCUGCGCCGCCAACAAGAAUAAUUCACUCGUUUUCGGAGAGACGACACGACUAGCGGAUAUCUUGGCUCCACUAUGCAAUACGUUCGCCUGGGUCGAUAAUUUACGCUAUUUUUAGGAGCAGUUUGCAUUUAUUACAUGUGAAGUUCAAUGCUGGAAUAUAAUUUUUAGUACGGAAUGUUUUCUUGUGUUUGGAGCGUUUUUGUGUGUGAAGAACCUGCAGAGCAACUUUUGGAGCAAAUUACGCAUACGCAGAGGAUGGUGUUUUACAUGUAGAGUGAAAGUUUCGCUCUGCGCUCUGUUGGGUCAUUAUUGUAUUACAUUUUUGUAUGUUUUCUGCUUUGCUAACUAUAUUCAAGAACAAAAUAGGUUUAAAGUCCUGGACUGCAGGAGAAAUGGCCAGCGAACUGAAACCACGGCUUUGUAUCAUGACAAAGAGUGAGAACGGGUAUGGGUUUCACUUGCACGGUGAGAAGGGGAAGAACGGCCAGUUCAUUCGCAAAGUUGAGCCCGCGUCGUCCGCCGAAGCUUCGGGGCUGCGCCCGGGGGACCGUGUCAUUGAGGUGAACGGGGGAAAUGUGGAGAAAGAUACGCACCAUCAAGUGGUGCAGAGGAUCAAGGCGGUGGAGCAUGAGACCAGGCUGCUGGUGGUAGACCGGGAGACGGACGAGUACCUCCGCAGCCUGCGCCUCGUCUGCACCGAAGAGAUGGCUGUCCAUCUGGGGGACCCACCUCGGUGUCCCCUGCCUCACCCCCAGCCUCACCACCCCCUCCUCGCCCCCGGCCUCCUCGCACACAGCCAAGAGAGAGAACGGCUCUGUGUCCAAGCUGCCCACUACCCUGACCAGAGAGGUACCCAAGCCCACGCGAAGGUCUCCGUCGCGGGCCGCCAAGAAGGAGGCUCUGGCCCAUGUUAAUGCCCAUGCCCAGGUGGCGCGGACACCAGUGGACCCAUCGGAGCUGUUCCCCAGACUGUGCCAUCUGGUGCGGGCCGAGACUGGUU